CCGCGCUGCGCUGCCCCCUGCCGGGCCGCGCCGCCAACAGCGUCGCCGCCCCCGGCCGCCGCCGUGGCGAGGCGGGGGCGCAGCCGCCCCCCAGCCCGGAGCGGCAGCGGCGGCGGGGGGAGCUGGGUGCGGCGGGCGCGGUGCCGCCGGCCGGCCGAGCGUCCCGGCGGGUGCCGCGGGCCCGGAACGCCGCGCCGCCGGCAGCGGGUUCCGGCGGGCUGCGGAGGCCGGCGCACGCCGAGGCCGCGGGGGGCCGCAGAGGCGGGUGCACGGCGCGCCAUGCGGCGGGCCGCGCUGGUGGGCUACAGCAGCAGCAGCUCCGAGGAGGAGGAGGAAGGGGAAGUGGGGCGGCGAGGCGGCGCGGAGGAGCCCCCCCGGGCCAGCAGCAGCGAGGCGGCUCCUCGCCUACCUGUCCCGGACAGCGUGUUGAACAUGUUCAAAGAGCAGGAGGAAGAAGUUGUCGACGACAGCUCCAAGCACGGCGGCCGCGUGCGCAACUUCCCGCACGAGCGGGGCAAUUGGGCGACGUACGUCUACAUACCCUAUGAAGUCCGGGAGGACUUCUUGGAGUUGCUGGACCUCCUGGUUUCCCACGCUCGCACCUACGCUUCGUCACUCACUGCCAUGGAAGAGUUCCACAUCAGUCUCUCGCAGAGCGUGGUGCUGCGCUAUCACUGGAUCAACCCCUUCGUCCAGUCCCUUAAGGAACGCCUGGCCUCCUUCGACAGAUUCUUCUGUCUGGCUGACCAAGUGAAGGUUUAUACCAACCAGAACAAAACCAGGACCUUUAUUGGCUUGGAGGUCUCUGCUGGGCAUUUCCAGUUGCUGGAACUUGUCUCAGAGGUGGACAAAGUUAUGCAGGAAUUUGAUCUGCCGAUGUUUUACAAGGACCCGUCGUUCCAUAUCAGCUUGGCCUGGUGUGUCGGAGACCUGACUGGCAGGCUGGAAGGGCAGUGUCUGCGGGAGCUCCAGGACAUUGUGGACAGGUUUGAGGACUCGGCGCACCUGCUGCGUGUCCAAUGGGAGCAAAUCCGUUGCAAGUCAGGGAACAAGUACUUCUCCUUCCCCUUGAGGUAGGGCCCAGCGGUCUGUGUGUCUCAGAGCCCUGAAGACCCUGCUCUUCAACACAGAACUGUUCUCUACCGCAGCCCUGAGCAGCAUGGGCUGUCACAUGCAUCCCGCACCCUUCUUGUCUGCUCAGCAGCUCUGGGGAGUUUGUGGCCUCGAGCCGGGCUACUUCCAAGUUUAAGCUGCUGGCUGAAGAAGUGUGUGUUUGUAGCAGAUUUCUUCCUAGGCUGCUGACAGCACCCUGCUGUAUGUGCUGUAGUCAGCACAGGAGGUUCCAGCCAUCCUACAGUUGCUAAUUUUGCUGAUUUUUUUUUUUAAACUGUACAGAAGCCGUAGAUGCCUUAUGGUGAGGAGAAGGUAGAGUGGGAAGCUGUUGCUAAAGGGAGAGUGUCUCGCACAGUUGGAAAUAGCACUGACUUGUCAGGAGGCUCAGAGCAUGCUGACUGUACUGAGCUCAGAGUCUUUAGCUUUGAUUUGCAAAUGUGAAGACACAGAGCUAGACUCUUUCACCAGCACAUCUUCCACCUUAAGCCAACUCAAAGAAGUUCCUGUGUCACGUUCUGUCUCCCUCUCGCACCGUUGCUGCCUUCACAGAGGAAUUUCAGUAUGAGAUCCUCCUGCCAAACAGAGAAAAGAUUAACUCUUGACAGAGAGAUUGGAUACCCCAUGUGUUUCAGUGCUAACUAGUCUGGCUCCAGACUGGGUUUAAAAAAAAGACUUUGGUUUAAGAUCAGGUGCUUGUCAAAAGCACCAGACUUGAGGCGGAGGGGGGACAUUUCUCCUCAGAAGUCUGCUGUUGUGUUAGGACAAGCCCAAGAGAGGGCGGUGUUGGCUUUUGCAUCUUGACGAGCUGGAAAGGCAGUGCCUGCUGAUGAGCUUCGGCUGGGUAAGUGGAGGGGUGGCAGCUUUAACCCAUGUUACAUGCACUUUCCUAUGGAAACAGCACCCUCGAUGCUGUAAUGACCCUGCUGAUUGUGGGCUGAAUUCUUCCUGUUGGGAGAAGGUCCUUUUUAGCCUGUGUUCCUGCCGGGAGGUCUGCUGCAGCCUCUCAGGUAUUCUGAGCAGGAUGCUGAUGUGCCUCCCUUGAAUCUUUCAUUCAACGUUUGUCUGAUGAAAGACUGUGAGACUUUUUCUGAGCAGUAAAAUCUGUCUCCUCAUGUCUUAAAA